GCAGUUAACGAUUUUCCGUGACACCAUGAGACGAGCUUUUUGUCUAUUUUUGACUUUUAUCUCCUUGGGAGGUACUUGCUGGUCAUCCAACCCGCGAAUUUCCUUCGAAAAAUACGUCGAAGCGCGAUGGGAUCUCUUGACAUCCGAAGAUCGCAUCUACUUGGGACACGAUUUGACCCUCACGCAAGACGAAAAAGAUUUUGAUAAAAUUCUCAUGAAGUACAAAGACCACGAAAUUAACGAAGGAUUUUUAGCUCCAGGCAAUUUCACGGGGGCGCGACAUUUUUUUCACGUUUUGGACCGAAUAAACAGCUCAAAAGUGUUUCAGUUGAUCCGAAAAAUGCCCAAAGGAGGAGUUUUGCAUGCACAUGACACAGCUUUGUUAAGCACGGAUUGCCUGAUGAAGUUCCUCGAGUGGGAAAAUUUAUUCAUGUGCGAUAAAAAUGACGGUUCAGCGAUAAAUUUUUGGUUUGCCAAGGCAGCUGAUGCCAUUAAAAAACCUUGCGAGGGGUCAGCAUGGCAAAAAUUUGACAAAUCCAAUAUCAGAAGGUUACGAGAAGCUUUUACGCUGUACACACAAUCGCCGGAUACGAAAUAUACCGAUAUUCAAGUCGUGUGGCGUGAAUUUCUGAACAAAUUUUUCGCAAUUGAGGGCCUUGUUGGUUACGUGGAGGUCUGGAAAGAGUAUUUUAUGCGAACUUUAAUCGAAUUUCAAGAAGAUGGCGUUCAAUAUUUAGAAUUUCGGGGAUUAUUACCGCCUGUGUAUGACUUGGAUGGCAAUUUUUUGUCCAAAAUCGAGAUCGCUGAAGCUUAUAACAAAGUCCUGCAAGAAUUUUUGAAGGCAAAUCCCUCGUUCAUCGGAGCCAAGUUCAUUUACGCUCCUCUAAGACUGGUUCCUGCAGCUGAAAUUGCAAAUUACAGAGAAACUUUCGUCAAAUUGAAGCAAAAAUUACCGAAUUUCAUUGCGGGAUUUGAUUUAGUUGGUCCGGAAGACACGAAUUUCCCCCUAAAAACGUUCGUUGAAGAGCUUUCCAAGUUUCCGGCAGACACAAAUUUCUUCUUUCACGCUGGCGAGACCAACUGGAAUGGAAUUGACGUCGACGAGAAUCUCGUAGAUGCAAUUUUGCUCGGGACAAAGCGAAUCGGGCACGGAUAUGCGAUCGUUAAGCAUCCAAAACUCCUGGCAGAAGUCAAAAAACGUGGAAUCGCCAUCGAAAUUUGUCCAAUUUCGAAUCAAGUGCUGAAAUUGGUGGCAGAUCACAGAAAUCAUCCGGCGGCGAUACUUUUUAGCGAUGAUUAUCCGGUAGUUGUGAGUUCAGAUGACCCCUCGUUGUGGCAAGCAACGCCGCUGAGUCAUGAUUUUUAUGUGGCUUUUAUGGGAAUUGCGAGUGCAAAUGCGAAUUUACGCUUUUUGAAGAAGUUGGCUUUGAAUUCUUUGAGAUUUAGUGCCAUGAAUGACAAAGAAAUGAAAGUUGCUCUCGAAAAAUGGGCUGAAAAGUGGCAUUCUUUCGUUCGGGAAGCUAUAAAAGAACAUAAAUCGCAAUAA